AUUAUUAUCUUUCCUUUUCAAGUCCAUUUAUUACCCACUUAUCCCUUCCCUUCCCUUCCCUUCCCUUCCCUUCCUUCGUUUUGAUCUGCACCACACCCCACACUCGCUCUAACACCAACAACUAACAGACACAUUCCAAGAGAAAUAAAUAAAAAGUCCAUCAUGAAGAGCGCCAUUUCCUUCGCCCUCCUGGCGGCCGCCACCGUACAUGGCGCUGUCCAUAAUUCCACCGUGUCCGCUACUUCUGUCGCCGACAAAUUCCCAAUCAUCAACUUCAUGGGACCUACCAUCGAGGGUGCCUCUGUCAACCGCAAGGGAGAGCUCUUUGCCGUAAACAAGACACACUUUCUCUCCCUCAAAUCCGGCACUAGCGACCCAAAGAAUCCCAAACUUACCGGUCCGGGAGAUAAGACGAGCCACUUUGCCAGUUCCCGUUUCACUCGCACCCAGGACGUUCUCAUUGGUGAUGCCGUUGGCCACUCCAUCUGGCAGCAGGACUACAACAGCAGUGAUCUGAAGCGACGAUGGAACGGGAGGUUUGCCAGGAGAGCCUAUACCCCAUUCCUGAUCAACGAUAAGCUCCUCCAGCCCAAUGACUUUACCAUUAACGGCGCCGAGACAUACCUCUACAUGUCCGGAAUGAACUACACCGCCACCACGGUAGCGGGCGAACACGGCGAUGUUUGGUACUACAACAUCAAGACUGGCGCCUACAAGCAGGUGCCCAAGGAGGUCAUGAGAGGUGCGGGAAUUCAUCGUUGCAAUGGCAUCGACCUCUCCCCCGACGACAAGUACCUUUACGUCACCUCCGCCCAGAACAUUAACGACGUCGUCACAAGCACCAAGGUCUACAAGUUUGUAAUCGAUCCCGCCACCGGCGAACCCAAAAAUCCCACCACCGAGGUGGACCUCUACCAGGUCCUUUCCAAUGCCGGCGUCAAGGCGAGGGAGAGGGGCAUGGACCCCGAUGGAAUGCGCAUGGAUGUUGAGGGAAACCUCUUCAUUACUCUGAACGCCAUCCCCGGCGUCCUCAGAUGGAACACCAAGGCCCCUGGCGACGGCACUUACAUCCCCCUCACCACCGUCUUCGCCCCUAGCAAUCUGGAAUUCGGCGGUGAGGAUGGAAAGACUCUCUAUAUCGUUGGGCGCUGCCAGGGUCUCGAGAAGGCCUGUGUCGAUGCCUACAAACAUGACAAACCUGGUCGCGCCAUCACCAACCUCCGAGGCACGACCCCUCCGAAAACCAAUUCCAAUACAGGAACCGGUAGUGGAAACAGUGGAAACAGCACUAGCCCCGGAACCGAAUACCCUAACGUAUCGAACCCACCCAACACCGGCAGCGGUAGUCCAACCGACGCCGAAAAGGAAAUGAUGAGGAUGAAGCUUUUGGAGUGGAUCAAGAUCAUUGAGAAGUACAUCGCGACCUGGCUCAAGGAUGGAAACCCUGUCCCAAACUAG